AUGUAUAGCAUACGUUAUAACAAACUUUUUAUUUAUAAUAAGUUUAAAGCAAAUGCACUUAAUUUCAAUAUUAUUAAAAGACAAAUCAGUGAUAUAUGUGAAACAAAAAUAAUACCAAUUAAUAAAAGUAAAGAAUAUGACAAAUUGAAAAUAUAUAGAAAUAACAUAUAUAACGACAUAUAUGAAAAUCAAAUUAUUCAAGGUGUAAAGGUACACAAUCUUGAUCCACAUGGAUAUGGUGAAAUAGCCCUAUAUGUCACUAAACAAUAUUUCUUACUUUUUCUAAAGUUUUUUUUAUUAAUACCUGAUGAGCAGGUUAAUUUAAAAGUAUUGGAUAUAAAUAAAAAAAAAAAAAAAGUAACAUUCCAAGUUCUUUGCAAAAAUAAAAAAAGUAAAUAUGAAAUAAUACCUGAAUGUGAACACUUUUCUAAAUGUGGAGGGUGUAUGUAUCAACACAUUAAUUAUGAAUUUGAAAGAAAAUUGAAAAAAGAUUUAUUAAUUAGUUUAUGCAUAAAAUAUAAGAUAAAUAUAUUAAUUAGUAACAAAAAUUAUUUGCAAGAUGAUCACCAUUUCGUUAAAGAAGAUGAAAAAAACAAUGAAGACUUUGUUACAAUUUCAGAAAUAAAACAAGAGUAUAUGUCUGAUGAUUUGGAAAAUGAACAAGGGGAAGAAAAUACUCUUAAUAAUAAAUCGCAGAUAGACAAUAACUAUAGUGACUCACAUAUAUACUAUAAUAGUAAUACCGACGAUUCCAAUAUAUAUGAAAAUAAUAGUAACCAGAUUAAUAAAAACCAAGAGCAUACCAAAAUAUAUGACAUUAUACAUUCAGAUUGCUAUCAUUACAGAAAUAAAUCGACAUUUCAUUUUUCAGUUACUGAUAAAUUAUCAAUAGGCUUUUAUAAGAGACAUAGUUAUGAAAUAUGUGAUAUAAAUGAAUGUUAUAUUCAAGAUAAACAAAUCCAACAAAUAUAUGAAGACAUUAAAAACGAAAUAAUUGAUAAUUUUAAACAAAAUAAUAUAUAUAUAGUUAACAAAAUAAAUAAUAAUGGAUAUCUAAAAUCUGUCGACAUAAAAUAUAGUGUAUGCAAUUCUGAAAAACAAAUUUUAAUAAAUUUUAUUGGAUCCUCAUUAACUGAUAAAGCAAAAAAAAAUAUGAUUAACAUUGCAAAUAAUCUAGCUAUAAAAAACAAAUCAAUUAAAGGUAUAUUGUACAAUAUAGAAACUAAUAAGUUAAAACAAAUAAAAAAGGAAAUUACAUUAUUUGGACAAAAUUAUAUUUAUCAUACAUAUAAUAAUUAUACGUAUAAAUUAGGAGCUAAUACAUUUUUUCAACCAAAUCAAUAUUUAAAUGAAUAUAUUAUUCAAAUUGUUUUUAAAUUAAUUCAAAAUUAUAAAAUAAAUUCUCAGACACAAUGUGUAUUUGACUUAUUUUGUGGUAUCGGUUUUUACUCCUUACCACUUUCAAGCAUUUUUAACCAUGUUAUUAGUGUCGACUAUUCUAUUGAGAAUAUUAAAAAUCUAGAAGAAAAUAUCAAAUUAAAUAAUAUACAAAAUAUAAAGCCUAUUCACAUUAAUCUAUUUAAUCCUAAUGAUUUAAAACAAAUAAAUUUGCAUAUACGACGAUAUAUAGUUAAUAUCAUCAAAAAUAAAAACCACACCCUUUAUAACAAUAUCAAAACAAAAAUUGAUGCUCAAUAUGUGUCUAUCGAUAACGAAAAUGAAUUCAUGGAAAAUUUACAGAAAUCAAAUUCCCUUUAUACGACCUUACCGAAAUUUGUUUAUCAAACUUUAAUAGAAUGGGAAUCGAAAGAAUUAAACAAAAAUACCGCUAACGAUAUUGAUAAAAACUUCUACAAAAAUUUGAGUAAUACGACUUCUCAAGAUUUAAAGGACCACAAAUCUGAUACAUUGCCUUCAAAUGAGAUAAAUAAUGAAAAUAUCUUAUCAAAUGAUUUUGUUAUAUCAAUUCCUGAUCUUAUUAUUAUUAAUCCUCCUCGAAAAGGAUGCGAAAAGUUAUUCAGAAGAUGGCUACGAGGAAUAUGCUCUAGAUUUAUUAUUUACAUAUCAUGUAAUGUAAAUACCCAGUUAAGGGACAUUAACCAUUUGAUAAGUUUGGGAUAUAUAUUAAAAGAAAUUAUCCCUAUUGAUACAUUUCCGAGAACACAACACUUUGAGCUAAUUGCAUUAUUAGAAUUUGAUUAUAAUAAGAAAGUUGACAAUGAAAAAAAGAAGAUAAUGGAACUUGAAUUACAUGAAAUUAAAAAAAAAAAAAGUUAG